GAGGCUGCCCCGGUCUGCGCCGUCUUAGUGUGUGGUGUGUGGUGUGUCCCGCUUAGGUUCACUUGUCUCCGCCCGUUCGGGCAUCGCAUCCAAGACAAGACAUGGCGGCCACGGCGACUUUGCAAAAGCCGCCGAGCUGGCCGGGGCAGCUAGUCUGGCUUCUCUUCGACACCGCUCGCCAGACCCCCGCCCACUGGCUUUUCCUGGGAUUUAUUGCGCUACUCGGCCUCGGCUUGGCUACUAUUUUUGUCGGCCUCUACUUGCUUGCGCCUAAGCCGCGCGCCCCGUCCCCCUCGGAGAAGACGUACAUCACGACGAACCCCGAUGGCACCACUAGUAGCCCGCGGCCGCUCCCCUGCUGGUACGACCGCUGGCUGGCCGAGGGGCGCCUCCGACAGGAAUCCCGCUACCCGACCAUUCCCGCCGGCUUCCCCGUGACGGACACGGGCGCCAUUGAGCCAGCCGAGGUGGACAUCAGCGUCGUGAUUCCCGCGUACAACGAGGAAGACCGCAUCAUCCCCACCCUAGAAGAGAUGGUCGAGUACCUAGACCAGCGGUUCGGGCGGCCGGCGUCGUCGGCCGCAGCCACGACCGCAGCGUCCCCCGGCAAGAAGAAGAAAUCCGGGGUGGGGGCGGGCUCGGCGACGAAGCCGCACCGGCUCGUCUUCAAGAACCAGCACGGCGGCGGCGCGGCGGCGGCGGCAAAGGACACAUCAACACCCCCGUCCGGCGGCUACGAGAUCAUCAUCGUCAACGACGGCAGCCGGGACGGGACGGUGCAGGUGGCGCUCAAGUUCUCGCGCAGGCACGGGCUGCACGACGUGCUGCGCGUCGUGACGCUCGAGCGCAACCGCGGCAAGGGCGGCGGCGUCACGCACGGCUUCCGCCACGUGCGCGGCAGGUACGCCGUGUUCGCCGAUGCCGACGGCGCGUCGCGGUUCAGCGACCUCGGCAAGCUGAUCGAGGGCUGCGAGGACGUUGUCGACGGCUCCAACCGCGGCGUCGCCAUUGGCAGCCGCGCGCACCUGGUCGGCAGCGAGGCGGUGGUCAAGCGGUCCGCGAUCCGCAACUUCCUGAUGCGGUCGUUCCACUUCGUGCUGAUGAUCUUGACGCCGCCGGCAACAUCACGCAUCCGCGACACACAGUGCGGGUUCAAGCUGUUCUCGCGCGCCGCGCUGCCGCACAUCGUGCCGUACAUGCACUCAGAGGGCUGGAUCUUCGACAUUGAGAUGCUGAUGCUGGCCGAGUCGGCGCCCGCCACGCCCGUGCUCGCCGGCGACGGCUCCGUCAUCGGCUCGAGCUACGGCAUCAAGGUCGCCGAGGUCCCCGUCGCCUGGCACGAGGUCGACGGCAGCAAGAUGAACCUCGUCCAGGACAGCGUCCGCAUGGCCGUCGGCCUCGCCGUGCUGCGCGCCAGCUGGAUGCUGGGCGUCUAUCGCCGGAGGCUGGCGUGAUUUUUUGUUUCCGUCUCUGCAGUUGCUAUUGCCACUAUUUCAUUGUGAAAUAAUAUUCCCAAGCAUAGAUGUACAUAUAUACGUGGCUUCCCCUUCUACAAUAUAUAUAGACGGCUUUCAGAAGGGGAGGGUAAAAAAAGAAACAAAACCACAGAGAAUCUAUU